ACGCGAGCUGCCUACGCUAAUACAGCCUCUGAUUCGCGGUAACUGCCAACCUGUUUUUUGUUGUAUUACAGUGUAUCUAUUUGUGUAUCGGUUUAUAAAGGCAGCGUGUAGCUGAACCCCAACAUUAGAAUAUAGGAGCUUCGUAGCGAUGGAGCUGAAGUGUGUGGUAGUGUUUACAUUUGCAAGCUUGCUGGCGGUGAAAGCCACCCCCCACGGGUAUGGCGUUAAGGGAGGUGCUAUGGCAAGAGCCGAAGCAGGAGCUGCGGCAGGCACUUUUGGUGGCAUUGGAUUACCAUUGAGUACACAAAGUGGACCUGGAUUUUCAGGCAGCUUCUCAAAGUCUUCUUCAUCCAGCUUCGCUUCAUCCAGCGCAAGCUCGAGUUCCAGCUCUUUUAGCUUCAGUGGUUCGGGGGCUGGUGGAUUUGGGUUAAACAACCUGGGUUUAACAGGGUUUGGAGGCUGCCUAGGUGGAUGUCAAAGUGACCAUAAUAAAACAAAUAAUCCUCAAGGGUCAACAGGGUCCACCGGAGAUGGUCUACAAUCUGGCAAUGUAGUAAAGUCUAGCGCUGCAGCUGGAGCUUUUGCAGGAUCGUACAUCGAUUCUCAAGAUAGUGUACAUGGACCAUGUACAAAUGAUGUUUGUCCAGGGAAAAAACCUCAAUGUACAGGACUCAGUUGUAAAGAUAAUAAACAAUGUACAUCUGGUAAAUGUGAAUCAAAAUCCGAACCAUCUUCGCCUGAACAUAAAUGUGAAUCGGGUCGUUGUAGUACAGGUUCUUCUAUUGAAAAUUCUCCUUACCCCUCUAUUCCAGCAUAUGUCGAUGCCAACGAUAAUAGGAACUGUGCUUCAGGUCAAUGUGGAUCACAAGUACCGUCCGUUUCCACAGCAAGUGGUAUUAGUUCAAAUGUAAAAUGUUCAACUGGAAAAUGUGAAGAUGGAUCUCCUACAACUCCUGAACGGGAUUACGGACCAAACGAUAUUCCUGUUAGUAUAACAAGUACGUCAACAUUCUCACAUGAUUCUAAUAUUUUUUCUGAGGCUGCAAAAAAAAAUACUAUCACAUCACAAGUAUCCGAAGAUACUUGUAAAGAUGGGCGUUGUGAUUCAUCAUCUCCAAACAAUAAACCCGGGUAUUCAAAAUCAAAUGUUUUUAAUCAAAAUGAAGCGCAAAAUACAAAGCCUAUUAAUGGUGUGACUCCUAGUAAACCAGCAAUUGACUUAACUGCUCCCAAAGAAGAAACUUGUAUAUACCCAAACUGCAAAUCACCAAGUACACAAUUAGAAGGGCCAAAGUCAACGACACCAAAUCUGUCUUUAGAAAAAAGCCAUUGCGCAGGAGCAUAUUGUGAAAAUGUAGUAUCACCAAAAUAUCCCACACAAAUCAAUUCGCAGCCACAGAAUAUCCCAGCUGGAAUAGCGAUACCAUCAUGUAAUUCACCCAGUUGUUAUUCAAACAAAGACUUACAAACAAUAAAACACAACUAUACUCAAAAUCAAUUUGACCAAAAGGGCAAUAAUAAUAUUUAUCCAACGUCAAAUUGUGCUUUAGGAAAUUGUGGCAAUCCUUCCAAUUCAAUUCCUGCGCUACCUAAAAAUCCUGAUUAUUCUCAAACAUUUUCCCCCAACACCCCCGAAAAGUGUACAACUGGAAACUGUGGUAGCCGCCCUUCUUAUCAAUCCGGAUCUGAUAUAAAUGUUCCUGGUGUACCACUUUUUCCAAGUAAGUCUUCGGGAUUCAAUUAUUCACCUAACUGUGCUUCGGGAAACUGUGAAAGGUUUCCUUCAGCUUCUGGUUCGUUAAAACCUACAAUUCCUAGUUAUUCUCACAAGCCUUCGUCGAAUGGAAAUUGCCCUUACGGGAAUUGUAAUCCUUCCAAUACCUUUACAUCACAACCAGAAACACCUAAUUCACAAGGACACGUGUCAAGUGCAGCCGGAAAAUUGGAUAGCCAAAUUCCUACUCAACAGACCCUUACUUACAGUCCUACACCAACUCCACAAUCAUCAAACUGCGCUUUUGGUAAUUGUGGAAAUCAUCCUUCUGAUCAACUAACUACAAAACCAUCAGUUCCUAGUUACUCUCCAUCACCUUUUCUUACCGGAAUUAGCCCUUGCCAAUCAGGGUCAUGUAACAGUUAUCCUUCAAGUCACAAUUUGGAUUCUUCUUCUUAUCCUAGACUUCCCAGUUAUCCACAGAACAUAUUACCAAACAAGCCACUUAACUGUGCUUCUGGUAACUGUGCCAAUUAUCCAUCUUCAUAUCCUCUUGCAUCUAAAUUUCCUAAUCUUGCUGCAAGUAGCACACCUGAUUGUAUUUCAGGGACAUGUGGAAAUAAUCCCACUUCCCAUGAUGGAAGUUUUGGUUCUCCUGGGUACCAGAAACCAGCACCCUUUAAUGUACCUUCUUGUCCAUCUGGAAACUGUGCUUUCUAUACAUCUACACCAACAUCUAAUGUUUUAUCUUCUGGAUCUCACGUACCCCCCAAAAAUAAUGACAACAAUUUAUUUAGUUCGACAGGACCAUUAUCCCAAGGAGGAAAACCCACUGUACCUAAUAAAAUUUCAGCCGGCUGCGCUUUCGGCAACUGUCCUAGUUAUCCGACACAAACUAUAUUACAUCAAGCACAUCCCACAUCUACAAAUCCCUCAAAUAAUUUGCCCGAUUAUGUGGCUUUGGGAACAGCUGGAGGUAAUAUGAAACCUGAACCAUUCGUUCCAUCGUCCAUUCCUUCAACACCAAGUCAACCUAGUAGUACCAUAAGUCAUACAGUAUCUAAUGCCAAUGCAGCAGCUGGAGCUAAUUCCCAAUCUUCAAUAUUCAACGCCUAUAAGCCAAAUACUAACAAAGAACAAUUAUAUACUGGUGGGUUUGGAGGGCCUCCAGGAAUUCUCAAACCCUUUGAAUAUACUGCUCCUUCUCAUCAACUAGCAUCAAGUAGUAAAGACCAAGGAUUAUCUCAGUGUUCAAACGGAAUCUGUGACACACAAUCAGAAAGCAGUAUUUUUGGUAAUAAACAUGAUUUACCUUCUGGUAUAACUUCGGGAUCUUGUUCGUCAGGCAAUUGUGAACCCAAACCUGACGUAAUUAAUAAUGGGCAAGGUAAUACCGCAAGUGGUACUUUUGCCGCAGCGGCUGCUGGUAGUGAAGCGAUUGUUUAUACAGGAGGUUUUGGUGGACCACCAGGAAUACUAAAGCCGUAUGAUGGCGGAAAAAUAAGUAAUACCGCAGCAAUAGCUGGUUCUAAUCAUCCAACAGCAGUCUCUUUAGGAACUUUUGAUACACCCACUACCAGCGGUCAUAAAUUGAACAAUGGCUACGGAACUCUAUCUGGAGCCGUUGCUACGGCUAAUUCCGGUACAUUUGGUAGUGGAAACUAUGGAGCCGGAUAUAACAAAGCUAGUGGUUGUGAUGGUGGCUGUGAGUCUACUGGACAUGGCUCUAAUUUUGGAAACUUUGCUUUGGCUGGAGGUUUAUCAAAGACUGGCCUCUUGGACAAGCUCCAUAAUGGAGUGAACGCGGCGGGGGCUGCGGCUCACAGUGUAGCCCGGGCUAUAAGUGGUGCUGGGGCAAGCUCUUUUGCAUUAGGAGGAAGCUUUGCCAGCAGUUCAGCUUCAGCCCACUCUGUUGCUGGAUCCGCCACAAAGGGAGAUAAUAAUUAGAAAUCAGCUAUCUUGGAGCUUUAUCAAAAUACAAUAACCGGCUGCAUUAUUAUCAUCCAAUCGUGAUUAGCUGAAAUAAAUAACUUACAAAGUUUAACGAACGAGACACUGAGCAAUGUAGAUUACGAACGAAUUAAAAUCUAGACAUUUUUCCGGUAAAUAUAUAUUUUUCCUCACAUAAAUUUACCCAUCGUUU